UGCUUUAGCCCAGAGUUCGAGGCUACAGUGAGCUGUGAUCGCCUCACUGCACUCCACCCUGGGCAACCAGAGUGAGAUUCUGUCUCAAAACAAAACAAAAACCAAAAACAUAGCAUGGGCGUGUGUGUUUUUCCCACCAUCUUUAAAAUGGGACCAUUACCACUGGCUUUCCUAGAGUAGAUACGAAGAGCACAGUAAGGAGUGCAGACAGACUCGUCCUGAGAGGCAGGAAGUGGGCUUCCCUCAUCUCCCAUGAGUGCCCUGGGAGAAGGGCAGGGUGCGGGGGAGACUGGCUCAGAGUAGGAGUUUAUCAUGUUUGUUGUAUGACUGGCCCCUGGCCCUGCUCCCAGGUCAGCCCCAGCACUCCCUGAUCUGGGAGACUGUCCAGGAAAGCAGGGUUCCAGUGGCUGUAGGUAACCCCCCCGGCAUCCCUGGAAGGGCCUGGAGGGGGCGGUAGCAGGAGGCGUGCUCUGCCGGGGCCUUCUUGGCUUCACCCCAAAACUCCUGCUCCAGAACUGAACUGUGUCCGUUUUACAGAGGAGAAAUUGAGACCCCGUGAAUGCCUGUGUAAGUCAAAGCGAGGCGGACACGCCCCGUGAUGCCUGUUUAUGGCCUCCUGCCACCCAUCGGCAUUGACAGAGCUGCUGGUAGAAGACACAGGUUCCCGGGCCCUCGGUGUUCCACCAGGGAUGUGGGGGGGUACACGUUCCUCAUUGGAAUUAGCGCAGCUGUGUUCUGGAGGAUUGUGUGCUUUCCACGUCCUAAGGCCACCCUGCUGCUCAGCCUGGAGAUGGAAGGCUGCAGUGCCCACCCUCCAGGUGGAGAUGGGCUCAGAGAGGGCAGUUGACUUACCUGAAGACAUACAACCAGGGCUGUGGGCCACCCACAUGUAGUGUUGGGGCCAGGCCCUGUCCCCACUGCCAGGGUCUUGGGGGUCCUGUUCUCAAAGCACCUCUGUGUGCACAAGUCACCCCCUUUAAACUCUGAGAAAUUCCUCUGAAGGUUCCUGUUUCACAUUUGGGGGAACUGAGAUCCAGAUCGAGGUCACACGGACUCACUGGCAGGUGGGGAUCGAGUCUAGGUGAGACUGGGUCCACAGCCUGCCUCUGUCACUUGGGUGUUCUCUCUCCCACAGCUUCAGCCAGCAUAAACGGGAGCAUAGUUACUUGGUCCCAUAGCAGGCAAGGUCAGGGUAUAGGGGCUGUGUGGCGAAUCUCAGGAGGGAGGAUGGAAGGGCUGACCUGGGGUCCAAGGUUCUAGAUAAAAGAUUAACAAGUACGGAUUGUUCUCAGACGCCUGACUGGCCUCAUGGGCUGGGAGGAUGAGGACCCACCCGGUCAGGCCUGCCCGCCUCCGUACAUAAGGCCAGGGAGGGAGGAAGCGCAGCUGCAGUAGGUGGCCAGGCAGAGGCGCAGGUGCGGCAUGUGGGCUGAGGGCCGCUCAGGCAUCCCACAGGUGUGCCCCUGAGGUACCCAUUGGCCCUCUCCACCUGCCCCUGAGCCGUGGGAGGGCCAGGCAGGGCCUCAUGUGUUUGAUUUUGUAUCUUGUUUGCAUCAAAUCGGGUUUCUGUUGUUUUUCCCUCUCCUUUAAGAUUUACAUGCAAAGGGAUCUAAAGGGUGCCAAGUGAGAAAUGCCCCAGCACUGGGCCGGCAGAUCAAGGGCAGCCACAACCAAGGGCUGGGGAACAGCAGGCAGGUAGGGUGGGGCUGGAGGGCAGGACAGAUCCAGGGAGGCAAGGCCUCUGCCUCCAGCUUUAGGGAAGAGACAUCCUCAAAGACAGCUGGGGUGCGGGGUCCCCUGCAGGGAUCAGGCACAGGAGGGCCGUCUGCGAGCAGCUGAGAGUUCAUGAGUAUUUGAAGCAGGGGAGGGGACAGGUGGGAUCUGCCUCUCAGGCACCAGGCAUGGGGAGGCAGCAAGGGGUGGCCCUGGGUCCCCUGGGAGUCCUGGAGUCUCUGUGUGAGCAGGACUUGGCUGUGUGGCGGUUAGAGACAAGGGUGAUCCACCAGCUCCAUCCUCAGGCCUUGGUGAUUUCUUGGAAUGCCCCUGGGAGUUGGGUGCAGGUAGAGACUUCGUAGACCACAGCUCCUGGCACUGUGCUGCCUGCCUGCCCCAUCCUGGCUGUGAGUUCGCUGUGAAUCCUGUGGAAAGGGCUACCGCAAGGGGACAGGAGUCCAGGCUUCUGCCUUCGCACGGCCAUUGUGCAGCCAGGGGCCUUGGGCAGGUUUAUGGGCCUCAGUUUCCUCAUCUGGAAAAUGGAGCCAGCCCAGGGAAAGUGUUUCCUGACCUCCCAGGCUCGGGAAAGGAGUACAGGAGACCCCCCUGGGGCCUGGAGGGUUGAAGGUCCCCUGUAUACUGCAGACUUUGGGGAUCAGGGACUAAGGGCUGAAGUUUUCCUGGGUUUCAUGGACCUUGGGGAUUGAGGCCCAGGGUCCCAGUGGGGCUCAUGUCCUGGGCUGCUCAAGCCCUGACCUAGGGAGUGAUCCUGUCCACCGGAUCCUGUUCCAAGGUCUCCACAGGGCAGUCCUGCUCCUCUCAGACCCCAGGAGGGCAAGUCACCAGUUUUGCAGACGGAGAAGUUGAGACUGAGCCAGACACAUGCCUCUUAUCAGAUACAUGAUUUGCAAGUAUUUUCUCCCUAUUGACGGUACUCACCCUUCUUGUGAUGAUGUGAGAUGAUAAAAUGCCUACAUGAUGAGAUGAAGUGAGAUGCAAUACAUAGGCCUUGUGAUGGAAUGGGAAAUUCCAGAAAUAAUUUGCACCUGCGCUCAGCUGCGGCUACCCCCGCAAGCCACCUUCCAAGUCCUUCGUGGCGAUGGUGCUUCCGUGGGGACCGUGCUCAUGUUCCACUGCCCCUCCAACCACCAGAUGGUGGGGUCCGGGCUCCUCACCUGCGCCUGGAAGGGGAGCAUCGCUGAGUGGUCUUCAGGGUCUCCAGUGUGCAAACUGGUGCCACCACACGAGACCUUUGGCUUCAGGGUGGCCGUGAUUGCCUCCAUCGUGAGCUGCGCCAUCAUCCUGCUCAUGUCCAUGGCCUUCCUUACCUGCUGCCUCCUCAAGUGCGUGAAGAAGAGUAAGCAGCAGCGCUUCGACAGGUCAGCCCAGCUGUGGUCCCAGCUGAGAGAUGAGGACUUGGAGACAGUGCAGGCCGCAUACCUUGGCCUCAAGCACUUCAACAAACCCGUGAGCGGGUCCAGCCAGGCGCACGACAACCACAGCUUCACCACAGACUAUGUUGAGAGCACCAGCAAGCUGGCCAGUGUGACCCGCAGCGUGGACAAGGACCCUGGAAUCCCCAGAGCUCUGAGCCUCAGUGGCUCCUCCAGCUCGCCCCAAGCCCAGGUGAUGGUGCAUAUGGCGAACCCCAGACAGCCCCUGCCUGCCUCUGUGCUGGCCACAGGAAUGCCACAAAAGCCUGCAGCAUAUGCCCUAGGGUGACCGUGCAGUGAGGCUGGCGCCCGUGCUCCACACUGGGAGGCCAGGCUCACCCCACCAGCCAGUCAGCUGCAACUCCACAUGAACUCCACAUGCAUCCAGCUCGAGACUAAUGAGUGGAAUCAGCUUCCAGGUGUAGGGACCCCUUGGGGGGCCGAGCUGACAUCCAAGGCUGAGGACCCCAGCGGGAGUGUUCUGUUCCGACAUAUCCUGGCUGUAACGAGUUUUAUAGUUAUGGACUACUUGAAACUACUACUGAGGGUAAUUUACCAGCUGUGGCCUCCCACUAACUAGUAUUCCUUUAAAGAGACUGGGACAUGUUUUAAGCAAAUCUAGUUUUGUAUAAUAACAUAAGAAAAUAGCAAUAAACUUCUUUUCAGCAACUA